AUGCCACGCAAGCAGCCUGGGAAGGCGGAGGGCCCAGCCAAGGGCAAGGCGGAGGAGGGGGAGCAGCCGCCCACCACCAAGGAAGAAGGAGAGCCGAAGGGCAGCAAAGCCCUCGGCUCUGAAUCACGGCAGAGCUCCCUGUCCGCGCGCAGGCACAGCAAGAAGCCUCAAGCUGGCCCCCAUGCCGCCGCUAUCAAGACCUACUCGCCAUUCCUCAACACCGUUUUUGGCAAGGAGAGAGAUCUUUCUGCAGAGGAGCUAGAUGAACUGCUGCAGGCCUUCAAGGAGUUUGACACGGACGAGGACGGCUACAUCGGCUACAAGGACCUGGGGGAGUGCAUGCGGAACAUGGGCUACAUGCCCACCGAGAUGGAACUGAUCGAGAUCUCCCAACACAUCAAAAUGCGCAUGGGAGGGCGUGUGGACUUUGAGGACUUUGUAGAGAUGAUGGGCCCAAAGAUGCGUGAGGAGACAGCUCACAUGGUGGGCGUGCGGGAGCUGAAAAUCGCCUUUCGUGAGUUUGAUACAGAUGGAGAUGGGAUGAUCAGUGGGGCGGAACUACAUCAGACUAUGGCUGCCCUAUUAGGGGAACAACUCCUGGCCCAGGAGGUGGAUGAGAUCCUGCAUGAUGUUGACCUCAACGGGGAUGGACGAGUGGACUUUGAUGAGUUCGUGAUGAUGCUGUCAUCUCGGUAAUAAUAUUUGGUGGAAAGGGACUGUCUCUUGCCUCCCAUCCUUACUGUCUUUGCUUAAGCAGCUGGAAGGAGUCAGUUGCCCUUUGAUGGACCUUCAUCUCCUGGCAUUACCCACAGAAAGCUGACGUCUUUCCCUCUGUCUUGGGUCCUUCACAGGCUUCAUGAAAACCAUGCAUAUCAAGCUCUAUAUUGAACUCAACCUCACUGAGCAGGGUAUCUCAGGGGCACCUGCCAUCUACGUCCAAAUUGAGCUAUCCUGCUUGAGGCAAGUUGGCUAGGCCAGAGCUAGAUAACUCAUCUCACA